GACACCUUGUGGAUAAAACAAAAACAUACAGUGGAAUUAUCUCGUGACGACUUGUGAAUACAACGAACGCCCCGAAGGCCUACUGGGCCUAGAAACCAAAUGACAUUCUAAACUGAGAAAACCGCAACAAUAUGGUGUAAAUAGAACGUUGGCGUGUAACACUGUGACCACAACAAUGAACCAGUGAAGUUAAUGAUUGUUAUGUAACACGUUUAAAAUGAAUAAUGAUUCCAAACAAUUUUCGUCUAUUUGUCAUUUAGGUUCAAUUUAAGAAUCAAAACAUUAUUUCCAGAAGCAACGUCGGGCUGGCAUGUUUAUCGUAGUAAUCAUUAAGCUGUCCCAUAACUGAAUUAGUAGAGACAAGUAAUCCCGGCGCAGUCAAGUGGAUUUAAGACACUCGCGGCUAUAAUAAGUUUUUAUUUCCAUUGGCUAGACUUUCUUCACUCUUAGCCUUAUUGAGAUGUAGCCUGAGCAGUGUUUGGACAACGACUCGAACAUCACCUGGAACCAUGACGAUACAAUGUCUCUGUCAGAUCUGCAACUGCGGGGAGCACCGGUGUUCUGACGAACCGGCCCUGGUGGAAUGUGACGCGCACCUAACCGACUGCGUCUCUGAGUAUACGGAGAAGUUUACCCCUCACCCCAGCGCAGAGGUACGGAAGAGCAAACACCCCCACGAUGACUACCAUCCACCAGACGGCGACAUGACCUUUAUGACCACCUCCAGGUUCGACUACGUACCACACUGCAUAGUUUCCAGAGCGCCGAGGGCCCAGCCUGCAUAUGUCCCCCCCGAGGGCUCCAUGAAGAUGACCUCCACCUACACCGCGGACUUCCUCCCACACGCCGUGCAGUUCCACAGGGUCCACAAGGUCCAGGAGUACCACCCCACCACGGCGAAGAUGGACGGCCUGUCUACUUACAAGGAGGACUUCUGUACAUGGCCUCCUCAGAGGCGCCAGCCACACCGGCUAACCGACAACCUGACUCUCGAGUCCGGCAAGUUCUGUGGCAUCUCCACCUUCAAGGACGAUUUCCGCCCCAAUAUUGGCAUAGCAACACGAAAGCCCUUCAGGCCGCCGCUCGACUCGGUUGAGCAGCGUGAGACGUUCAAGAGCGCCACCAACUACCGCCAGCAGUACGUCCCCCAUCCAGUAGAGGCGCUGCAGAGGCCCUCUAGCGCCCCCGUGCGUGGAGCCUCUGCUCAGCACAUGCAGUACCAAAACCAGGCAACAGAGGGCGCCCCAGUCUUCCAGGGCACUACAGAGUUCCGCGAGAAGUACCAGCCGUGGCGGCCGGAACCUAGGCAACAGCGUCAGGUAGACGAGUAUGUGCCCCCCACUAGUCACAUGACCUUCCACACCACCAGUCGUGACGACUUCGUCAGGCACGAGUGUACCCCGCCACCGCGGCCCGUGCGCCCCAUCAUCCAGGCCUGGGCAGACGAGAAACCGGCCCACCGGGGCAAGCAUGGGGUGCAGUCCGCCAAGCCAACCACCACCUACAGCUCCCAGUUUACCCCCAAAACUGCACCAAGGCCCGUCUGCAAUAGGUCCAAGCUGGCCCAAAAGCCCUGCAGCGAUGCCCAGCAGCCUGUAGAGGGCGCCGGUGGCCAUCAGCCCGGCCUCAGUGCCAACGCUCACGGUCCACCGUGCCCAGCCAGUCUUGCCAAUCCCCCAGGCUUCCAGGACACAAGCAUGACGCACAGAGGGCACAGACUAUACCGCACCAUCUCUGAUGGGGAGACCGGCACGGCAAAGAGCCACGCGGCAAAGGAGGUUACCACGGUUAACGGCAACCAAUCCCCUCGCGGCCACAUCGUGAGCAGGAAGAUCUUGGCGGCUGACGGUCGCGGCAGGGGACAACACUAGAGCCUCGGUUCGUCACCAAAACAACACCGCGAACAUCACCGCACCAAAACAUCACCACGAACAUCACCGCACCAAAGGCUUUCGUAUUUUUAUAGUCAGAGAUUUCUAUAUGGAUCCAAAGCCACUCUCACAUCAAACACUUGCACAUCAAACCCUUUUGGAAGGGGAACAAAAAUAAAAAAUAAAAAUAAA